AUGGCGCCCCUCCAGGCCGAUGACAUGCGAGUGUUGGGCCAGGAUCCCCUCAUCCCGCCUGCCCUACUCAUCUCCGAAGUUCCUAUGCCCGAUGCGGCCCUCGAGACGGUUGUCAAGGGCAGACGGGACGCUGUGGGUGUGAUCAUGGGUCGGAAUGACCGUUUGUUGGUCAUUGUUGGGCCCUGCUCCAUCCACGACCCCGCCACUGCUAUCGAAUAUGCCACACGCUUGAAGGCACUCUCGGAGAAGCUUUCGGACGACCUCGUCGUUGUCAUGCGCGCCUACCUCGAGAAGCCCCGCACCACAGUCGGCUGGAAGGGCCUCAUCAACGACCCCGAUAUCGAUGAGACCUUCAAGAUCAACAAGGGCCUCCGCGUGUCGAGGCAGCUCUUCUGCGACCUUACCUCGACCGGCAUGCCGAUUGCGACCGAGAUGCUCGACACGAUCUCCCCCCAGUUCCUCGCCGACUUCAUCUCAGUUGGUGCCAUUGGCGCGCGGACCACCGAGAGCCAGCUGCACCGUGAGCUGGCCUCCGGCCUCUCCUUCCCCGUAGGAUUCAAGAACGGGACCGAUGGUAGCCUCGGCGUUGCUAUUGACGCUAUUGGCGCGGCGGCCGCCAAGCAUCACUUCAUGGGUGUCACGAAGCAGGGUCUGGCGGCCAUCACCCGGACAAAGGGCAAUGAGCACGGUUUCGUCAUCCUGAGAGGCGGCUCCAAGGGCACCAACUACGACAAGGCCAGCAUCCAGGCCGCAAAGGAUAUCCUGACCAAGAAGGGCCAGAAGAUGGCGAUCAUGGUCGAUUGCUCCCACGGCAACUCGAACAAGGACCACAGGAACCAGCCCAAGGUUGCCAAGACGGUCGCCGACCAGCUCCGCGAGGGUGAGCGGGCCAUUAUCGGCGUCAUGAUCGAGUCCAACAUCAACGAAGGCAACCAGAAGGUACCGGCCGAAGGCCCUUCUGCGCUGAAGAAGGGCGUGAGCAUCACGGACGCUUGCAUCAACUGGGAGUCGACCGUCGAGGUUCUCGAGGACCUCGCGGCUGCUGUUAGGGAACGCCGGAGGUUGGUCGCGGGUGCCGUCAAUGGCUCGCCGAAGACCACACCCCUCGAGGAGGACUAA